GGGAGCUGAGGAACCGAGCGCCGGCUUGCUUACUCCAUAUCAUUCUAAACUCUGAGACUGAAUACAGCGGCCAAAAGUUUACCUGUCACUAAACAUGUGGAAACAUUAAGUUCCCAUGAAUUUUACCUUAAAAUUAUGCGAAAAUAAAGCUUUAUAUUACGAAUUCACAUAUUUAUUUCUGUUAAGUCUUAGAAACUUAUUGGCUCAACAUUACUUCUAAGGAUUGAUGAAGUGAAGUAUGGCGAUCAAUAUUGAAACUUGAGAAAGAAAAAGAGGGAAGACUAAAUGAAGUCCAGACAGCCUUGACUUCUCAACACGUGCUUAGUGUCCAAAUUGGUGAGCUGCACGCGAUGAUCUGAGAGCUAAUAGAAAUAAGACACCAGACUAAAACUAAAAAAAUUCAUUUAUCUGUUUGUUCUAAAGAGAGCAAACGCGAUCAUCAUUGUGGAUAUACGUGAUGAUUUACUUUUAUGAUGUCACUGUGAUUUAAAAAGCGAGAAUAUAGAGAGACAACAUACCAAAAAUACUUACAAAAUCGCUGCUUAUCUAGUACAGUGAGCUUGAUAAAGAAAACUGAAUCGGAAAAAAAUGAUGAACUACCAUGCUGCCACAGUUAUGUGAAGGAUAAAUACGGAAAACAGACUAAAAUUAAGUGAGAAUUAGACGCUAGAAUGUCGCAGUGAUUACCCUGAGGACAUCAUGAUGGAGUUAGCGAACGCCUCGGACAGCGUAUGGCGGGGCGAGGGGCAAGGCCAGGCCGGGAACACCUCAGAACGCCUCGAGGAGUACAUCUUCCACCAAACGGCCGUCAAAGUGCCCUUGCUACUCCUCUACUCUGUGGUGUUCGUGUUCGCCUUCUUCGGCAACCUACUGGUGGUGCUGGUGAUGGUGCUGCACAGAAGAAUGAGGAGCCACACCAACUUCUUCCUCACCAACCUGGCUGUGGCUGACUUGUGCGUGGCUGUCUUCUGCAUCUACCAGAAUUUUGCCAUGUACGUCAUUCAGGACUGGUAUUUUGGCAAGUUCCUGUGCUUGAUGUAUCAGUUCGUAAACCAGCUGAGCUACACGGCCUCCGUCAUCAUUCUGGUAGUGGUGAGCGGCGAGCGGUAUCUGGCCAUCGUGGAGCCGCUCAGGGCUAAGAGUCUCCUCACCCGCAGAAACAUGAUCGUAACGAUGGCUCUUGUGUGGGUCGUCUCUGCUCUGUACUCUUGUCCUCGCCUCCUUUACUUCACGGUGCAGGAGUAUCCAGUGGAGGGAGGCGGCACGGAGGCCAUGUGUCUGCUGAGGCGGGAUCAGUUUGACACCCGCAUCUGGGACGUGGUGAGCCUGACGCUGCUGUACCUGCUGCCGCUCGCCCUGCUGUCACUGCUGUAUGCUCGCAUUGCUCAAACACUGUGGCGCUCCGGACGUCAGCUCGCCGCCGCCGCCUCUCCUUAUCCUUCCACGGCUGCAGCGGCGGCUGCUGACUACGCCACCUUCAAGACACAGCACACCGCUUCCGUCAGCUCCAGUUCCAGCAGUGGCGGCGUGGAAGGCCCCGGCAUGGAAGGUGACGGGACGCCACGCAGCCAUUGUAGAGAACAGAAAUCACACGUGGCCCGCGGCUCAGUCAAGUCCAUCAUGUCCACGUACGUUUCCAUGGCAUCCAUGCGGGACGAAGGGUCGAGGAUCAACCACGCGUCCCCUGACAUCAUUCCUCUGUCUCCUCGCAACCAAGGCAGAGGCGACGGCACCACCAUCAUCAGGAGAGCCUCUCCCCGAGUGCCGUGCCGCUCCAUGCACCUCCACCCGUCACCACUAGUUUUACGUGCUCGGCGCAAUGUUAUCAACAUGCUGGUGGUGGUAGUGGUAAGCUUCGCCGCCUGCUCGCUGCCCUUCCACACCCGCAAGAUGCUGCAAUACUACUGGGCCAGCUAUAACCACAAUUCCGAUGCCUCCUACAUCAUCACCCCCGUCACCUUUCUCCUCAUGUACGCCAACUCCGCCGUCAACCCAAUCCUGUACACGUUCAUGAGCCGCAAGUUCCGCACUUCGUCUCGUGACCUGCUCACCUGCCGCCUGUGGCAGGCCCGGCGGCCGCGCCCUCCCCGGCCCACUGUGGUGGCGAGACUCAUCGGACGAGAUAAGGUGGUCACUCACAUGGUGUGAGUCGCCUUGCGUUGUCUUGACAGUGCAAAGUAUUAUAUAGUUUAUCGGUAUUUUUUAAGCUACUUCACACAUGCGUACGUAUACGUGGGGUGCGCGUCUCGUUACAAAUAUUUCAUCUGCACGUAAACGUAAACACUGCAUUAGUUAGAAUAUUUCAUGAUGUCCUGAAAAUUAUGUGGUAUUGAAAACAGUGAAGAUUUCUUGCAUUGUAAACAAUUAUGGUGGGAUCUCCUUAUUAGUGUCAAAGAAAGUGCCAAAGGGCCGCCGUGGUACAGUGGAACCAUGCGUGCUUUGGGGUCCGAAGGGUCUCCAAGCGCACGGGUUCGAAUCCUGUCCACGGUCCGAGUGUAGGUUGGGCUUCCUCACUCGGGGCAACGGUUUCCUAGCGGGUGGGCUUUGAGAUAGGAGGUACCCUAAAAAGUAGCCCCUUUAGGCCAUAAACUCCCGUGAAAAGCCCACAUGGUAAAAAAAAAAAAAAUGCCAGAAGACUCAGUAAGUUUCCGUGCGUCUGUUUAACAAAGACCAACAUUCAGGAGUGUCUAGUCUGCCACACACAGAGGGAGUGACGGCAACACUCAAUCUUGUGUAGAAAUGUUACGGAACCUGGAGACGGGAAAACUGGAUGAUAAUACAGUGGUAUGUACGUGAACUUGACUUGAAACAAUAACUUUUAAGUAAGAAAAAGAAAAAGAGCAAACACCACAUUUUCCUUUUAUUCAUGCAGUGCCCCAUACUGUGUAAGAUAUAUAUAUAUAUAUAUAUAUAUAUAUAUAUAUAUAUAUAUAUAUAUAUAUAUAUAUAUAUAUAUAUAUAUAUCGUGAAAUAAGGUGGAAGUGAAACAUCUUGCGACUGGUUUUGUUAUGGACUGUACAGCUGACGAAGUGAUUGAAAUGAGAACAAGCGUGGAGAUCGUGGAGACUUUUACAUCUCAUUCAAUAUCAAAGUGCAGUUUACGGGUACAGGAUCACGAACAUAAAGGUGCAUGCAAGAUAUAUUUGUACAGACGACUUUCUGAUGUUAAGGAGUUUAUCAAAAUACAUAGUCUAUUUGUUAACUGUCUGGAAUGUAUGUAUGCAUGUGCAUGGGUAUAUCAUAAUUCGUUCUUCUGUGUUUACAUAUUCUAAAAUUGAGUCGUUUUCAAUGGUUAUACUUUCUUUCCGUACUACCUGACACUGAGCACUAUCCACGACAUGCCGUCACUUAUACCAAUUCCUUUAACAGAUUACGUCACUUCAUUUAAUACAAUACAACACUCAGUCAUUCCACUUAACAUAACAAAGAACUCUAUUGAAAUAGGAUAAAACUACGUCACUGCAUCCAUUACAAUGCAUAACGUCAUGCAACAUAGCACCUCUUCUUUACAACAUGCAACACAUGACAUUGUCAAGCCAUGUUACACAAUAGUAAAGAAAAUUGUCAAAAUAUCAUCCUAGAAAAGUACUUCUUGCAAACUUUAGUUCUCGAUUGGCUGCGUUGAAAGUUUGCUGAAUGGAGGUAGAAUCUGCAGCAAAGGGGCUCUCUAUAUCAGUACCUAUUUAUUUUAUACGUUCAUUCAUUUUAUAUAUUUCUAUUUCAAUCCUAAAAUCCACUUGGAUUUUCCUCUCAAACUUGUAUUUUUCGAUAUCACUGUAUCCAACAUAUUUUACAACAAUCAGACAACGAAAGUAACUUUUAUCUGUACUAGUCGUUUAUAACAUGAAGCAUAACAACCACAGUGGUCACAUUGAGAAGAUACAUGUACGUUAUAUGAUGGUAUGUUGGUUGAGUGGUCAAUAUCAUACCAUCUGGAGUUGAUCACCAUGAUUAUUGCAUCUGUCAAGAUUUAUCAUAAUACCUGAAAUAAAUUUACA